UUGUCAAAGCAACAACCAUGAAGCUGAUCGUUGUCGUCGUCAUUGCGUGCAUCCUGCUCAUCGGAUUCGCUGAUCUCGCCUCGGCGGGCACCAAUGAUUGUUCUUGCUUGGUGUGUGGACCUGGUGGCAAGUCGUGUACUGGGUGUCAGGAACGGGUUCCCCUCUGCACAAAUCUGAUCAACAUUAUGCGCGAGCUCGAGCGGAAGGUGCGUCAGUGCGUCUGCGGAGAGCAGAUGUUCUAGAGAUGUGACCACAACCUAAUCAGCACUGGCAUGUUAUCUGCUGUCUAAUAAAACUGUUAUCAAUCCCGUA